AUGAUCCAGACGGGCUCGUCCGCGGCAGCCGCGGAGUCCACGCGCGCAAGAGCUCCGCGGGAGUUCUUCUGCCCGCUGUCGGGGCGCGUCAUGCUGGACCCGGUCAUCGUCGCGUCGGGCUGCACCUACGAGCGCGCGCACAUCCUGCAGUGGCUGCGCGCGCCGGGUCCGCAGGCGGCAACCUGCCCCGCGACCGGCGCAGCGCUGCCCCACGCGCAGAUCGUGCCGAACAUAGCGCUAAAAGAGCUCAUCACCUCGUGGCUGGCGUCGCACGCCGCCAGCGGUAACACAACGAUUACUACUAGCAGCGCCACCGUUGCGCUAGUGACUAGCGCCUCGGGUCGCAGCAGCAGUUUCAGCAUCAGCGUCAGUCGCGGCGGGAACAGUCACGGCGCCGGCCAUGGCGCGAACAGCCCCGGCGGCCGGCGCGGCGUGAGCUUUCAAUCACCUCCCGCCUCUCUGGAAAAGUCCUUCACUGUUUCCUCUCCCCGCCGCUGCCCGUCUCCGUCGCUCCCCGAUUCACCCACCAGCUCCGCCGCUUCCCCCUCUCCAUCCCCCUCCUCCGCCUUCUCCCCCACAAUCCGCCCCGCGGGGGAUGCAGCGCCCACGCGCACCCCUUUUCCGCCUCUUCCUUUCCCGUCAAGGGCAAGCCGUGGGGGCAGCAGCGGCGGCGAGAGCAAAGGGAGUGCGUGCUUGCAGCAAUCAGCUGAGGACGCUGUGUCUCCUCAAGGUCCGCUGUCGCUGCUGCACGAAAGGAAGCACGAGGAAACCCAGAAGCAGCAACAACCACAGCUAUCGCAACAGCAGCAGGCGAAGAUGAGCAAUCAAAUCACCAGCUCUGAGGCAGCCACAAGCCAAGCCCCCACCGAGGGCGUUCCGGAGGACAAGGGCUCGUGCCAGUCCAAGCCUGCAGCUCGUGCUGCCGUUGUCAGCGCUCGUGGCACACCCGCUGUGCCUGCAGGCGGGCCUCGAGGCGGGCAGACAUCAAAGCAGGCGAGCACAACCGCACGCCAACCUCUGCGUCUUGCUGCUGCCGCUACUAACCAGCUCCAACCGGUGCGAUCAGAAGGCUGCCUGCCCUCCACGCAUCCUUCGAUAUCCGGCGUGCCAUGUGAAGGGGCGAGAGGGAGAGUACUUGCCGCAGCUCCUGCUGCCACCCGUGCUGCUGCUGCUACUCGUGGCCGCGCUGGCGGGCGGGGAGCGGGGCGUGGGCGUGGCAUGGGCAGUGGCGGCGGGUGCAAGUCCCACGUGCAGCUGUCGCUGCAGGUUGGAGCUCCCUCUCCGGGCGUGUGGAGCAUAGCAGGGGCAUCGCCUGGUGCUGACGGCGCUGCAAGCAGAGCCGGGAGUGGUGCUAACAUGGCAGCUCAGGCGGAUGCAGCAGCAAGUGCAGGCAGCAGCAGCAGCACCCCGCGCGCACAAGGACAAGCUGCUGCAAAAGCAGGAGAGGAGGAGAAAGGUGGCCCAAGGGAGGAGGAAGUGAGCGGGAAGAACGCAGAGGGUGGAUCGAAGGCUCCUCCAAAGGUGGAUGACUCGCAGGGGGUUUGCGUGACAGGUAGUAGUCAGAUGGUAGCUGCUGUGGAGAAGGCACCAGGGCAGGUGACUACGAGGCAGAUGGGAGGCCAGGCUGCUGUGCAGCCCGCAGCGUUACGGGCAGACAACAAGCAGCCGGCAGGGCAGCCGAACGGAUCGAAACAGCCCAAACAGUCGCAGCUACGUAAGGUAAUGCUAUCCAGCGGUUCACUUCAGCAGCAACAGCAGCCGCCGCCACCACUUGCCAGGCCUUCCUUUCUCCCGCCUCCACUCACCUGCCCCUCCCUCCCAUCCUCUGCCCCUCGCCCACCGCCGCUACACACUCGGUCUACCAGCAUCAGCACCCCGAUGAGCAUUCGCCCUCCUCUCUCUAAGGACCCUCUCUCUCCUUCUAUCAAAUACUCUCACUCCCUAUCCCUGUCCCUUUCCCCACCCGACAAGAAGCUUUCGCACUACCAGGCAGCGAACGAGAGCAGUUUUGGUGGCAGAGGCAGGGGAGUGCGCCCGCUGGUGCUGGGUAAAGCCGGCCUCACUGCUAAUGGCAAUCUGCAGAGUGGGAAGGGAGGAGGAGGAGGGGUGAACGAGGAGGUGGUGGUGGUGGAUUCUGAGCCGAUGCAGCAGGGGAAAAGGGCCGCCGUGAACACGGGACGAGGCGAUCAGGGAAGGGGUGUUGGUGGUGCAGCGUUUGUUGGCAGUGCUACGAACUUGGCCAGAGGAUCAUCAACAGCAGCAGCAACAGCAACCGGAAACGGAGCGGGGAGAUUGCUAUCAGCCAGUACGAAAGUGACUCCAUCCCACUGCACCCCGCACAUGCUCAGCCGCAGCCUUUCUGCCCCUCUAUCCGCCCUGCGUGCCAUGCCCCCCAACGUCCCUCACCUGCACCCCUCCUGCCUGCCUCCAUCCACGUCCUCCGACUAUCUCCAGAACCAGCAGCACCACACUCACACCUACCGCAACAACCAGCACUCCAACCCACAGCAGCAGCAGCAGCACCGGCGCUCCCCGUCUCAAGUCAUCGUGACGUCCACGUCGCCUGGUGCCAGGCCGCUCAGGCCGGGCGCACCCAGCCCCCGCAGCAACAUCCAGGCGAGCAAGGCAGGGCGGGUAAGAGCGGGUGAGGGCGCGGGCAGCGUCAUGGAGCAGGGUGUGCUGAGUGUGCAGUGCAGGGCUGUGAGUGGGGGCGCGGGAGGAGGUGGGAGCGGGAUCGGCGACCGGGACGGGGGCGAGGGGGGUUCAGUAGAGAGGCCCAAGGGUGGAGGAGGAGGAGGAUCCCAGGCGAGGAUGCUGCGGUCUUCACGCUCCUCCAACGCCCUGCUGCCGUCCCCCACUCCCGCGUCUCUCCUGCACAAGCGCUGCAGCCUGCCCGCCAGGAGCAACUCACUGGUGAAGCCUCUCCCCGGACUGCUGGAGGGAGUGGGUGCUGUGAGGAAGGGCACUGGAGCAGGGAGGAAGGAGGGGGGAAAUGGUGGUGGUGCUGGCGGUGGUGAUGAUGGUGGAGUUGGUUUGGAAGGUGGUGGUGCUGAUCGUAGCAGCGGCGGCGGCGGCAGCUGUGGAAAGGUGAAGCUAGGGGAGAAAGGUGAACUGGAGGCAGAGGGGGAGGGUGAAGGGGAGGAUACUGUGGGUGAGGAGAGGUUGGUGCAUGAUGGUGCACAGCAGCUGGUGGAUUUGCUUUUGGGUGAAUCCACAACCAUGGAAAUAAAGGCUGCUGCUGUCAAGGCCCUGCUGCUGCUCGUCAUGGAGCAUCGCAAUGGCGGGUAUGCAGCGUGGGAGUGUGGAGCCGUGCCCGCCCUGCUGUCACUGGCCAGGGGACACAGGGAGGCACUCAGGAAGCCGCACCCUCGCACAGUACAGAAUAUUUAUGAGAUGGCGGUUGAUGCGAGUGGAGAUGUGGGUGCUGAGGCGGGAGCAGCUGCCGAAAUGGCAGCAGAUAUUGCUCGCAUCCUGACAUACCUGGUGGGAGAUGCACCGUCGUGUGUUGAGGAUACGAUAUUGCAUGGGGUGACAGAGGCAGGCAUAGGUAUGCUUGGGAGCAGAGUGCAGGGUAUGGAUGCACAUGCAAUGGGCCUGUUGAAUUGCCUUUCACGCUGGCCACAUGGGCGAAAGGCGAUCGCUGACGUGGCAGGGAGUGCAGCAGCACUGUUGGAGGUGGUGGAGGGACCGUGUGUGCGGGCGAGAGGAGCAGCUGUGAAGGUGAUGAGGGAUCUUGUGGUCGGGGGAUUCUUGUCUGCUGUUGCUCUGGUUGGCGAGGGUGCAUUGCCACCACUAGCAAGGAUUACCCUUAGCGUGGGAGAGGGCCAUUCUGAUGAGGUGAUCAAGAAAGGGGUUGACGAGAGGGAGCUGGUAAAAAAUGCACGAGCCUUGCUUUUCCUGUUGAAGGAAUCUGUCUGGCAAGGUGAAAUUGAUGCAAAAGACGACUCGUUCUAA